CUUGGUCAUCCGAGGAUUAUCCCGCGGAACCGCGAGAGAAGAAGUCCACUGUGGAGUAGCAGAUGGAGUGUUAGUUGGCGAAGUGGAUGGCAAUCUUGAAGUGAAGAUGACUCAAAUGCAAUAAGAUGUGUGCUUAAUUGGCCAGUAAAAUCAAGUUGACAAGAGAAGAAUGGAGCAAGUACUUGCCGAUGCCAAAUAUCUGGCACAGCGUUUACACCACCAUGACAGUGCAGCUGAUGCAUUGAUUGGAGAUGCCUCAAAUCUUGAGAUUAAAUUGCAGGCUAUGAAAGAGUAUAGAGAAGAGGUGACAAAAUUGAAUGACAUUGCCAAGCACCGGCCACGGAGCACACUUAUUCUUGGAAGUCAGCUAGAGAAUCAACGCAUUUGUGAUUUGGAAAAUGAGAACAGAGAGCUGCAUCUUGCUUUGGCAGAUCACCAAUCCACUCUGGAGUUAAUCAUGAACAAAUAUCGUGAACAGGUGUUGAACCUUUUGACAAACAAAGGAUUAGACAAAUCUGCAAUGGAUCAAAUAAGCAAAAGCUCUGGGGACAUAAGUGCUCUGAAGGAAAAGGUUACAGAAAUGGCUGCAGUUAUGCAAAGGGCAGCUCGAGCUGACGAGGAGGUUGAAAAUACAGAUGUUGAGAUGCUAACAAAGCUCAAAUAUGAAAACAGCACACUGAGAGAGCUACUCAACAUUAGUGGUCACCCAAGGAAGGAAAUCGAAAAAUUGAAACUGAACGAAAAACUCAAAAAAGAGCUAAUGGUAAAUGGAGGUAUCAUUGUACCAGGAGAUGAAGAACAUGCUGCAUACUCGAGUGGAGAAGAACUUGAAAAUCAAACAGGCACAGUUAAAAGAAAGCUAAAAGGCCAGUUAAGUGACUCAUUCGAUGAUGAUAUUGCUAUUGGAAAUCAAAAUAAGGGAAAGAAAGGAAAUAUAGAUGGGUCAGCAGGUGAGGAAUCCAUCGUGGAUGAAAAAGUCCCAAUGCCUGUUGAAUCGUUGAUUUCUGAGACUGCAAAGUCAACCAUUGUUGAAGCUUCUGCGAAAGUGGCCGGAAACUUUGGAGCUGAUGGUGAUAGGCAUAUUGAAAUUAACAAGGCAACUCAGGAAACAUCAAUUUCUUCCUUUGGAGAGAUAGACAAUGAUUAUGUUUCAAGAGACAACACUGAUACCACGAUAACAUCAGAAGGCAAGAAAGCAGAAGCAUCAACUGAGGCCCUUCCUCAAACCGAAAUUUUAGAUUGGGGUCUGAAGAGACGAAAGCAGGAAGAGAUUGUAGAAUUGUACAAUUCAGAAGGAAUUUUACUGGAAGAAGGCGAGGAAACACAUGGUGGAAAAAAUGCAGAUAUUAAAAAGAGCGGUAUUAAGAUAAGAAGGUCGACUAAGCAGAAAAAGGUUAUACAAGCUGAUUUAAAAUCAUUUUUCGGUAGUGAAGAUAUGCAAGAAGAGACAGAUGACAAGUUGAAGUUACAUGAUGGUGAAGAUCAUCAAAAGGAAUGCAAUGAUUUCGAAGAAGGCCUGGAAACAAGACCUGAAGCAGUGGAUGAUACUAAAAACAGCACAGGAGAAGCGAAAAGCAUCUCAGGAGAAGCUGUACAUGGGAUUGAUGAAUCGAUUGAUGAUGAAAUAAUAAAAGCUAUGAACAAUGUAGAAGAAAGCUCAAGGCAAGAAAAGUUGAUUCUUGACAACUUACGUCAGUCUUUUUCUUCAACAGAGAGCCCAGUUGAAAGUCCGAUAGAAAGCCCAGUUGAAAGCCCAGAUCAUGGAGAUUUUUCGCACAGAACUGUGCAGUUGAACUACUCUGAUUCAGAUUCAGAUGAUCCGGAAAUGAUGGUUGAGGAUCAGUUUGCAGAUAUCAUUAACGAUGCCAGUGAUAGUGACAGCAGCGCGGAGGAUUCGGAUGAUAUAACUGAGGAGGAGCUCAUAGGUGAUCUAGACGAAGGAGGGGAAUAUGCUAUGUCAAGGUGGGUUAAUCCAGUUGAUGAGUUCAAGCUCAUGGAAAAUGGUGAUAUGAAACACGAUCUUAUCGAGGGGCUGCAGGUUGGGGAAAAAGAAAAUGGGAAUUCAUUCAAUGGCAGCGAACCAACAAAUGCGAAGGGAAAUGAACAAGCUUCUGUUCCAGAUUUGAAAAAUUAUAAAGAUAAACAUGGCGACCAGGACUAUGCAUUUUCAAAAGCAUUCGUGCAGCUGGACCAGUUUACAGGUGGCAGUAUUGAAGCAAAGUUCGCCAAAAGAAAACGUUAUGAAAAUGGUAGCAGAGCCAGUGCGAUUACGUUGUUUUCAGAGACUCAAGAAAGAGCUGGUGACAGUGCCCGCAGCAACAUACGAUCAGAUUCAGAACUUACUACGAACAAUGAUGACGUUAUUGCCGAGAACCAUCUAGCAAAGUCUGCCUCUGAUCCUCUCUCAUCGAAGACCAAGAAGUCUUCAUCAAUUGAUUCAUCAAUUAAUUUUAGCGCAUCCGAUAGUGUCUCCCCUGAGGAGAGUUCCUCUGGCGAGAUUGAUCCAACAGUCUUCAAAGAGAGACUUUCGGCUCUGCCACAAGGAGACGAGGCUCAAUCGAAAGUAGCUGAAAAUUUGACCAGUUUGCUAAGCGACCUAGACGCUGCUUUGGAACUUGAGGACAGUGAUUGAAACUUUCGCUUCACGUGUGUUAUCUCAGGGGUGUUCUGAUUACAUCAGGCAUCUGUAAUCGCGAAAUGCAACUAAGAUUUGUACAAAGAGAGUGGUUUUAUAUUUGCUUUGUAGACUAAUCAAUUAAUCAAUUCUCAAUCAAUGGAGAUGGUUGAAAGUUACUUUGACGCAAUACGAUUAGUCUUCCUGAAGCUAACAUAACGUAGAAACCUGGAGCUACCUGGCAAACGCUCUCGAACCCGUUUUCUUCAUGAAUUAUAGCCUUCUCGACGGAAGCUUUCUUUUGUUAUGAGAAAGAAGAUUUUCACAACACUUGACAGUGGAAACCAUGGGUUUUAGGUAAUUAGGAAUUAAUAUUUGAAGAAACUACUGACAGCACACUAAAACCCAUAAACAUUGUUAUAGAGUUAUCACAAAUACCCUUCUAAUUCAGUCUGCUAGUGAAGCCAAUGGUAUAAUUGAAGGCAUACUUAAUGAUAAGGGAAAAUUUGUGAUUCAGACUUGCGAGCCACCACGAAAGAUGGAUGAAUUGUUCACCCCAAUUCCUUCAAAGAGUAAAACAUGUCGAAAUAGUUCUCCUACAAACACUUCUCCAUUGUAAAAAAGCAAGAGACAAGUAAGAGAUUGAUAGAAUUAGAGUUAGAUUUAUUUUUAUAACAUUGCAAUGUUGUUUGUAGUAAAUUUGAUUAAAUCUCAACACAUAGUGGAUUUGUGUUUCCAGUUCUGUGUCCAUAACAGCCCUCCUUCUCAUUG